AUGUAUUUGUAUGGAAUUCAAGACGAGGAUGAGGACGACGAGGAUGACGAUGACACGGAAGCAACUACUGCGAGCGGUCGCAAGGCGGAAACUCCAAAAACUGCUAAAACAAAUAAGACGCGAGCUGAAGAGGAAGAUGAUAAUGAUGACGACGAUGAGGAUAGUGAAUAUGACAGUGAAGAAUAUGAUUCUGAUGAAGAUGAAGAAGAUGAAGACUAUAUUCCGUUCAGAUUACCCGAAAUAGGUUAUCCACAAACACCUUCACUGCCACCGAGUAGUCAGAGCUUCCGGUCGCAUUACAGUGAUUUUACAAAAUACAGUGAAAGUGUUCCAGAGUCGUUACCGUCACUUCCGGCUUCGAGGCAGCUCACUGCACAAACAAAGAGGACUGGUGUUACACAGUCGUCAAAUACCAAGUGCGUACACAAAGAACACACUUCACACUUCCAUCGCAGACAGGACACAAAGCGCUCAGCACGGACUGCAAAAUCUGGAAAAACUGAGAAAUCCGGAAAGAAGUCCGCGAAAAAGGCGGAAUCUAUAGAUAGCGGAUAUGACGAUGAUGUAAGCAGACGGACAACGGCGAGCAGACAGUCACUUCCGACAGGCCCUGUCAUAGGAGCAUCAAGAACUUUUCAAGGAAAAUUUUAUGAUCCAGUUACAAAGCAAGUUAUGUUGUACGACAUUGGAACAAGACCUGGUCAAAGGAUUCCCGCCGGAAAUAUGGAGCCCUUGUAUAAACCUCCCACUGCAGAGACGUCAGAUAAGAAAAUGACUCCUAAAUCUUCCAACAAAAACGAGCCGGGCUCCAACCCAGGAACAAAGGGAAGCAAGCGAAGCACGACAAGUCAACAGAGUCACCAUAGUGUACCUAAGGCGGCCGUGCUAGGCGCGGUUUUUAUCUCAAACUUACUCAGUAAAAAUAAAGCGAACAAAGAGGCACUGGAGGCGGGAUAUAGCGAUGACGAAGAUAAUUAGUGCAAAGGCGGAGUUAGAGAAGGGCGGAGUUAAAGAUGUGAUUGUGUGGAGUAAGAGCUGUAUAUAGGCGGAUACACAGAUGUGCAUAUGUAGAUUCACGGAUGCGACAAGUGUCAGAUGUUGGAUUUCAGAGCAUUGAUAAUGUAAAUCAUAACAAUAAUUUUAUUCACAGCUGUUCUUAUGUUCAGCUGUUGCCUGAAGUCGUCUGAUAGAAAGUAAAUGCGUCAUUGCAAUCACAUUCAUACCUAUGCUCCAACGGGAUAUUUUUCUUAAGACAUGCUGCUAACCGAAGUAUAACUAACGGAAAUAUACGUGGACACGCAUUCAUUUUGGAAUAUAGACUAUUAGUCGUGAUAAACACGUAUCCAUGAACAUAUAUUCAAUAUAAUUAUUUAUACACAUACACAGAUACAUGAGUACAUACAAGAUAAACUAUAUAUUUCAUUUAUCAUAUAUGAAAUGGUAAUGAAUUAAACACCUCA